CGACCACCGAACUCGAGCGUUGAUCAACCUCCAUCCGUCUAACGAAGGCUAGCAUCGCAUCGCCCCCUGCACCCCAUCCAUUCAUCCUAGCUCCGCGUUCACGCGCUCGCCCCGCCCGAAAUGGCAUCAAAGCAAUACGACGUCUUCCAGCCCUCCGCCCUCCCCUCCGCCUCCCUCGGCCGCCGCUCGGCGCGCCCGAUCGCGCGUAACGGCCUCGAGGCGGCCGCAGCGGUCAAGACGCCCGACAGCGAGCUCGACCGUGUUUCGGAGGCGUGGAACGCGCGGAUCGACAAGGAGGUCAAGGCUGUCGCUUCGGGGCUGGGCGAGCUCGUCGAGCUGGCGGACAUCACCUCCAACCCGCCCACAGACGCAGAUACCCUCCCGCCCCUGCACCUCAAGCUCAAGACCGCGGCGCUCAUCCGCGCCGCGCAGACGCUGCGCGACACGGCGCACGAGCUGCGCCUUGCCCUGCUCCUCGGGUCGGACAACAUCGCCGCCGUGAGCCGCGAUACCGAGGCUGCGGCGCUGCGCCGCGAGGCGGACGCACUCAGGAGGGCGGUCGCGGCCGAGUUUGCCGGCAUGCGCGGGGGCGCGGAUGGGGUCGUGCCCGGUGUCGUUGGCGAGACGGCCGAUGACGGCGGGGAGAAGGAGCCGCCAGUCGACUCCGGGGAGAAGCAGGCGGAGACGGAGACGGUGCAUGGCGAGCCUGCGGCUGAAGUCCCUGCGCCUGAUACACACAUGGACGUUGAUGGUGCCGACGACGAUGAUGACGAGGACGACUUUGAAGAGGUCGCUUGAGACGUCGACACCCACCCCUCGCCCCGCUCACGGCUACUGGCUCCGCCUACAGCCUACAUCCCCGUUGUA